GAUUACACGGCAGGCGGGCGCAGAGCAGCGAGGCUGCAGCAGCAACGGAGCUGGGUCACAGCCGGCGCUGCAUUCCUCCCGCUGCAAUCUCAUCCCAUUGCAAUCGAGAUAUUUUUGCAAUUAUAUUUUUUGCGAUCAACAUUUUUGCAAUUUGCAUUUCCCCUGCCUGCAAAUAAUCGAUUCUUUUUUUAAAAAAAAAAGAAAUUGCAAAUUGAGAAUGGCCGCAGAAGUGGAAUCGCGGCCUGUUGCAGCCGCCGACGAGGAGGAAGAGGAGGAGAAGAAGAUCACGGUCAAGAAGUCGGGCUCCAAGAAGAAAAAGAACCAGCAGGGCAAAUACAGCUCGUUGCUGGUGGAGAUUGUGCAGAGGCUGGCUUCCCGCAACGGCUCCUCCCUGGCCAUGAUCUGCAAGGAAGCCAGGAAGGUGCCCUGGUUCGAUGACCAGCACGGCCGCAUCUACCUGCGCUACGCCCUGCGGGCUCUGUUGCUCAACGGCACCCUGAACCAGGUGAAGGGCAAAGGGGCCAACGGGUCCUUCAAGCUCACCAAGAAAAGGGAGAGCGGCCAGGCAGCCAAGAAGAAAUGCUCGGCCUCGGGCAGCGCGAACAGGUCCGGCAAGAAAAGCAGCAAGAAACCCGAGAGCAGGAAGAGCCAAAAGGGCAAGAGCCACUCGGGGUCCUCCAGCAAAAGUAAGAAGGGCAAAGCAUCCAAGAAAUCCAAGUCCAAGAAGGCUUAAAAAGGCUCCCCGCCCCCUCAAUCUCCUCUCUUUGCAAUUUUUUUUAAAUGCAUCUGACAUUUUUGUUUUUUUUGUCGUUGUUCAGACCUGUUGGGGUCUUGGUUAGGUUUUUAUUUGUAACGUCCACCCAUCGAUGGGCGACCGGUUAAACCGAGAACGCGGGAAAAUUUGAUUUUUUUUUUCGCAAUGUUGAUUGACAUUCCGUUCCGGGAUCUUAGCAAGUUGUUUGCAAAUUUCUUAUUUGUCGAUUUGUUUUUGUCGUUCUUUUACAUUUGCAAUUCGUUUUUUUUUAAGUUUUGUAUUAAUCAUGAUAGCCGUUUCCUGCAAGAAAUAAGCGUGUGGUUGGUGUUACUGCAACGGAGUAGUUCUGUUAAAAUGAAGUCGUCUAACUUGUCCUUCGAAAAAUAAUUGGCAGAAAAGAUGAUUCUCCAGGUUGCAACUUGUUUAUUAUUUCUGUCGACGGGCUGUUUUGUUUUGUUUAUUAAAAAUUUUCGUAUUUUUAAAAAAAUAGCGGAGCUGCCGCUCAUUUUCUGAUUUUCCUCGGCAAUUUCACCCUGGUAACAGUUUCAGCCAAUCAGCGAGCAGCCAGGCGAAAGUUGCUACACUAGGCGGGAGUGUUUCGGGCGCUGAUUGGCUGCUUCACAUUCGCUAUUUAAAAUUUUUUUUGUUUUAAUUUGCUGUUCAGCUUCCAACUGCGUCGGGGCAUAAAGAUGGAUUUGCGCCCAAAGGGGGCAAAAUGAAAGUUUUCUCUCCUCCCGCCCCGAGAAGUGAAGUCAUCGGCGUAUCUGUUGCAUCUUCUGCAAGAUGCACGGUUGGUGUCUCCAAACGGGACACCCCAGCUGGGUAUGGGACCGGGGAUCCCCGUCUGUCUCCAAACGGGACACCCCAGCUGGGUGUGGACCGGGGAUCCCCGUCUGUCUCCAACGGGACACCCCAGCUGGGUUAUGGGACCGGGGAUCCCCGUCUGUCUCCAAACGGGACACCCCAGCUGGGUGUGUGACCGGGGAUCCCCGUCUGUCUCCAAACGGGACACCCCAGCUGGGUGUGUGACCGGGGAUCCCCGUCUGUCUCCAAACGGGACACCCCAGCUGGGUGUGUGACCGGGGAUCCCCGUCUGUCUCCAAACGGGACACCCCAGCUGGGUGUGUGACCGGGAGUCCCCGUCUGUCUCCAAACGGGGCACCCCAGCCGGGGAUCCCUGUCUGUCUCCAAACGGGACACCCCAGUCGGUUGUGGGACCGGGGGGGAUCCUGUGAGGCAGCGGCGCUCCUUAGAUGUUUCCGAGCAGGUAUUGCAAUUUGUUCGAAAAGAACCUUUACCCGAACUGUAGACAUGUUAAUGCUGGAACUGUGUAAACUUGCAACCGUGCGGUCAAAAUGGGGAAAAAAACUUCAAUAAAUGUUUCAAAGACCA